AUGGUUUCAACAAUUGAUAAUAAAUCAUCAUCAUUUGAUGAAGAAAAAAAUGAUACAACUUUACAAAAUCAAAAAUCUCAAGAAUUAGAACAUGCUAUAGAAGAUGAAAAAUCAAUUGGUGUAUUAAAAGCUGAAAUUUUAGCAAAUCAAUGGAAACAUACAUUUUGGUAUAAAUUAAUAUUAUUAUUUUCUGCUUUUUUGGUUGGUUAUGCUUAUGGUUUAGACUCUCAAACUAGAUUUAUUUAUACUGGUUAUGCUACAGCUUCUUGGUCUGAACAUUCUUUAUUAACUACUGUUAAUGCUAUUACUGCUUUAACUGCUGCUGCCUCUCAACCAGUUUAUGCAAGAUUAUCUGAUGUUUUUGGUAGAUUAGAAUUAUUUAUUGUUGCUGUAUUAUUUUAUGUUGUUGGUACAAUUAUUGAAUGUCAAUCUCCAACUAUCAAUGCUUAUGUUGCAGGUGCAGUUCUUUACCAAAUUGGUUUUAGUGGAUUGAUUAUCGUAUUAUUAUUUAUUCUUUCAGAUUUUUCAACACUUCGUUGGCGUUUAUUUUUCAAUAUUACACCAGCUCUUCCAUUCAUUAUUAAUACUUGGAUUGCUGGUAAUGUUAAAGAUGCCGUUGGUAUGAAUUGGAAAUGGGGUAUUGGUAUGUGGGCUUUUAUUUUACCAUUAGCUUGUAUUCCUUUUGUUUGUUGUAUGCUUCAUAUGAGAUGGUUAGCUGGUAAAACUGAAGAAUGGAAACUUUUUAAACAAAGAAAAACUAAAUAUCAAGAAUUUGGAUUUUUGGGGUUAAUAAAAUAUUUAUUUUGGAAAUUAGAUGUUAUUGGAUUAAUUUUAAUGGUUGUUUCAUUAGGAUGUUUAUUAAUUCCAUUAACUUUAGCAGGAGGAAUUCAAGAAAAAUGGAAACAAGGUAAUAUUAUUGCUCCAAUUGUAAUCGGAGCUGUUUUAAUACCAAUCUUUGUACUUUGGGAAUAUUUUGCAAAAGAUCCAAUCAUUCCAAUAUAUUUAAUGAAAGACCGUGGUAUUUGGUCAGCUGGUAUUAUAUCAUUCUUUUUUGAUUUUGUUUUCGCUGUUGAAGCAAGUUUCUUAUAUACUGUUUUAAUUGUUGCGGUGAAUGAAUCAGAUAAAUCAGCUACAAGAAUCACAAAUAUUUCAUCAUUUGUUUCAACUAUAUGUUGUUUUCUUUUUGGUUUGUUUCUUGUUUAUUUCCGUCGUAUGAAAAUGUUUGUUAUAUUUGGUUGUAGUUUAUGGUUGUUAGCCUUUGGAUUAAUGUAUCAUUUCAGAUCAACAUUAUCUGCUCAUGCUGGUAUUAUUGGUGCAAUGGUUGUAAUGGGUUUAGGUACUGGUUUUUUUUCAUAUCCAAUAACUGUAUCAGCUCAAAGUUGUGUUAGUCAUGAACAUAUGGCAGUUGUCACAUCAGCUAUAUAUACUUUAUACCGUGUUGGUUAUGCAGUUGGUGCUUCAGUCGCUGGUGCAAUUUGGUCACAAAUUUUAUUCAAAAAACUAAAUAAAUAUUUAAGUACAUCAGUUGCAACAAGUGUUUAUACAAGUCCAUAUAUGUUUGCCACUCAAUAUGCAUGGGGUACACCAGAAAGAGAAGGAGCAACAAAAGCUUAUGGAGAAGUUCAAAGAAUUUUAAUGAUUGUUUGUCUUUGUUUUGUUGUACCAAUGAUUAUAGCUGCAUUCUUUUUAAGAGAUCAUAAAUUAAUUAGAGAACAAAGUAUUGAAAAUGUUGAAGAAAAAGAACAAAAAGAUUCUUUAGGUAGAUUUAUCGGAAAUUUUGGUAGAACAAGAGAUGAAAAAAUUUAG